GCGUGCGCGUGCACGGACAUCCGGGUAUCCACAGCUUCCUUCUUUCAGGUCUUGCUAGAAGGCUACAUUUAUCUCUUGUUUUAGAUAGAGCUGUUGUAAUCUUUUCUUCUUACCAUGCCUUUCUCCGAAUUAUAUUUUAAUGUCGAUAAUGGAUAUCUGGAGGGGUUGGUCAGAGGUUUUAAAGCUGGGAUUUUAUCACAAGCGGAUUAUUUGAACCUCGUUCAGUGUGAAACUCUGGAAGACCUGAAGCUUCAUUUGCAGAGCACUGACUAUGGAAGCUUUUUGGCCAAUGAAGCCUCUCCUCUCACAGUCUCUGUCAUUGAUGACAAACUGAAGGAGAAAAUGGUGGUUGAGUUUUGCCAUAUGAGGAACCAGUCCUAUGAGCCUCUGGCCAGCUUUAUGGAUUUCAUCACAUACAGCUAUAUGAUUGAUAAUGUUAUCCUAUUGAUCACUGGAACUCUGCAUCAGCGUGCCAUCUCAGAGCUGGUACCCAAGUGUCACCCUCUUGGCAGCUUUGAACAGAUGGAGGCAGUCAACAUCGCACAGACUCCAGCAGAGCUCUACAAUGCUAUCCUGGUGGAUACACCACUUGCUGCUUUCUUUCAGGACUGCAUCUCUGAGCAGGAUCUGGAUGAAAUGAACAUUGAAAUAAUACGUAACACCCUUUACAAGGCUUAUCUAGAAGCUUUCUACAAAUUCUGUACCUCUCUGGGAGGAACAACUGCAGAUACCAUGUGCCCUAUUCUAGAGUUUGAAGCAGACAGGAGGGCAUUCAUCAUCACCAUUAAUUCCUUUGGUACGGAGCUGUCUAAAGAAGACCGAGCUAAACUUUUCCCUCACUGUGGCAAGCUCUACCCAGAGGGACUAGCACAGCUGGCCCGCGCCGAUGACUACGAGCAGGUCAAAGCUGUGGCUGACUAUUAUCCUGAAUACAAGCUUCUUUUUGAGGGUGCUGGCAGCAAUCCAGGUGACAAAACUCUUGAGGAUCGCUUUUUUGAGCAUGAGGUGAAACUCAACAAGCUGGCCUUCCUGAACCAAUUUCAUUUCAGCGUGUUUUAUGCCUACGUCAAGUUAAAGGAACAAGAGUGCCGGAACAUUGUCUGGAUUGCAGAGUGUAUUGCCCAAAGACACAGGGCUAAGAUUGACAACUACAUCCCAAUAUUCUAAUGGUACAUAACAAUUCUUGAAGAAUGAUCCAGAUGGCAUGCAUUGACUGUGCUCUGUGUUAUGUUAGGGAUAAAAAAUAUGAUUCCGUCUCCUAUCCGUGUCUACUCGUAGCACUACGCCACACUUAUCUUUUUCAUUGUUUAUCUGUAUUUCAGUAAUGGAUCAUCACAUAAAGGCAACUACACUGGUGGUUGCAAAAAUUUGUGGAGGAAGUUUUGUGUACAAAGAUCUUAUUGUGAUAAACUCUCCUGUGCUGAUGUACAAAUACAUUCCAUCAUUAUUUUUAUGCAUUGCACAUAUGUAUUGCAUUUUAUAAUUAAUGUACACGUUCAGAUUAUAACCUAUAAUCAGAUUAGAGGGUCCAGUUUUCACAUCUGAGAGUUAUCUUAAAUAACAGUGGGAUUGCCCUUUAAAACAGAACCGUUUUCAUGGAUUUUUUUUGCGUGUUCAUUUUAUCUGUUUGUGAGAAAUGAGAAUUGUGUGCUUCCUGUAUGUAAAUUAGUGCUAAUGUCUGUGCUGACCUAAUUUAUGAAGUAGAUAUUUUAUGAUUGACAGCUGAAUCAGAAAGGUUUAUUGGAUCUAGUAUUACAACCUUGCACUCAGUUGUCAUGCAAUGUAAAACUUACUAUACUGUUGUAUCCAUAUUGUCUCAGUUUAAGUGAUAUAAAUGAAAUAUAUAUGUAUAUACCAUA